GUUUUCACCCCGGAAGCUUUACCUUUCUCCUGACACGUAGCAACCGCAACCAAGUUGGCAGGACUCUGGGUAGAUUUGUCAAACAACACAGACUGAAAGAUGUCAGGGUUUGACAGUUUUAACACAGACUUUUACCAGUCCAGCUACAGUGUAGAUGACCAAAACCAGGCAGCCUAUGGCUACAGCAACACUGAAAACCCCUACAACAAGCAAUACGCUGGUCAGUAUGACUACUCCCAGCCCAUGGCUUACUCCUCCCCAGGGAUGAUGCCGCCCCAGCAGCCAUACACAGGACAGAUCUUUCAGCCCACACAGACCUACACCCCAUCACCAGCACAAUCCAUGUAUAGCAGCAGCUUCGAUGACGAGCCGCCACUGUUAGAAGAAUUAGGGAUCAACUUCGACCACAUCUGGCAGAAGACUCUGACGGUGCUCCAUCCAUUGAAGGCAGCAGACGGCAGUAUCAUGAAUGAGACAGACCUGGCUGGCCCCAUGGUCUUCUGUUUGGCAUUCGGAGCGACACUUCUCCUGACAGGUAAGAUCCAGUUUGGCUACGUGUACGGUAUCAGUGCAAUCGGCUGCCUCGGCAUGUACUGCCUCCUCAACCUAAUGAGUAUGACGGGCGUCUCGUUUGGCUGUGUGGCCAGCGUGCUGGGAUACUGUCUCCUCCCCAUGAUCCUCCUCUCCAGCUUUGGAGUCCUCCUCUCUUUACAGGGCAUGAUUGGAAUUAUACUAACGGCAACAAUCAUUGGCUGGUGCAGUUUCUCGGCCUCAAAGAUCUUCAUCUCGGCAUUGGCCAUGGAUGGGCAGCAGCUGUUGGUUGCUUACCCGUGCGCUCUCUUGUAUGGGGUCUUUGCACUCAUUUCUGUAUUCUAAACAAAGUCAUUGUGUAAGAGUUUGAAAUAACCACUCCCCAGUUUCUGUAAUUUCAGUGUAAUUAGUCGUCAGUGUAAUUAGUGUAACUAUUGGCCAAUUACACUGUUACACUGCAGAAAAAUGGGAGUUCCUGUCUAAAACAGCACCAAGGUAUUUUUUUUUCUUUUAUAAACAAGCCUCCGCCUCUCACUACAUUCCGACUUGACCAUCUGCAGGGUGGAGUGUAUUGUCUCUCUCAUGUCUUCUCUCCACUUUGUUCCCCUCACACAUCUUAAAGGAGAGGACUGUCAAAUAAACCUGGUGAAAAAUAACUCUCCUGUGGACCACGUUGAGCCUCGAACGACCUGGUGCAGUCCUAUGAUUUUAAGGACAUCAAGGGGGAAGGAAGUGAGCAAUUAGUUCACACACUUGAAACCAGAGAAGACAAUUUAAUUUGGACACAGAUGGGAAAAGGUUAUCAAUUUUCUCAAGAUGGACUGAUAACCAACCCUCCGCAAACCCUGCAGGCUAAUUUGGAGCCAGUGGAAACAUCAUGAUUUUCGCAAAAGCUGUUGUUGGUUCUGGCAAACCCAGUGAUUCUACAGCUGCGAGACUAAGGGAAACGCCCAUUUUCCUUCUGCACAAGACUACAGUAGCUCAUUCUGUUUUUCCACCCUAGAAAAGGUGGAGAAAAAUAGGGGAUCUUCUUCUUUUCUCCGGGACUGAGGAGUCAUGAAUUUUAUCAUUUGCUCAUCACAGCAGCGAUCCGAUCUUUGAUGUAAAAACAGCUGCUCUGCUCUAUCUUAUGUAUUGUUUCAUUAUAUUCUCUUGAGAUUCGUUUGAGUUUUGAUGAAAACACAGUUUGCACAAAAGCAUUGUUUUAAUUUUCAAAACCAAACAAAUCUGAUUGGAUAUUGAGAAUUAAGAGUGUGAGAGAUACUGUAUAUUUCUAGGUACAGACACGUCUCCAUAGGUUGUUGAUACAGUUUGCAUCCUUACAUCUUUAUUUUAGAGUCAGCUCACUUUGUAUGCUCUGAUGUGUCAUCUGUUGUUCAUGUCUUCUCAUGCACAUUAAAGUUGUCUUUGAAAGUUA